CUACCACCUAGCCUAGCUAGACCGGCGGGCGAGCUGGGCCAGAAGGGAGCCAGGGCGAAUUAGGGCGGAGAGCAGCCGAGGCGGCAUUCCCCCGGGUAUCCUAGAGAGCCCCCAGAAGGUAGACUUCCGCUGUUCUAGAGAGGCCACGGCGAGGUGGAUACAGCGGGCAGCACGGCCAUCAGGGGAGUAACACGAAGGUUCCGGCAUUGGGCGGUGAGCGGCCGGGAGAGCGGGUGGGCGAGCGGGCGGCGGGGCACAGUCUGGGGCGUCCUGACCCCACCAGCGAUGCCACCACCCGGGUGGGUUCUCCGGGAACCGGGCCGGUCUGGGUCGGUGCUGCCCGGCAGCCUCCGGUUUCUCCAAGAUCCUGCAAGUCCGGUCUCCGCCAUUGUGACUCCUGGCGUCCUGACUUCUUGACAAACUCAGCACGGCCGCCCACGGUUCAUCAUGCGGGAAUGUUGGUUAUUUCAGCCUCUUACCAGUAACUUCUAAUGACCUAGCAAAUGACAUUGUGCACUGCAGUGCUGAGAAGAUACUCCUGAGGAUACAGCAGUGAUUCAUUGAAAGCAGCAGACUUGUUUUGUCUUUAUCUGGGUGACCCUGGACAAGAGUGAUGCCUCCAGGCAGGUGCUAUGCGGCCCACUCAGCUCAGGCUUCAAGGGAACAAGAGCACCUUCGUAAGGUAAAGAAGGAAGAGGAGGAGGAUGACUAUGCUUCUGUGCAGACUGCCAGGCCACAGACACUUAACCGCUCUGGACAGGAGCUGUUCCGUCAGCUCUUCAGGCAGCUUCGCUACCAUGAGUCUUCUGGGCCCCUAGAAACUCUGAGCCGGCUCCAGGAGCUCUGUCGCUGGUGGAUCAGGCCUGAUGUUCUUUCCAAAGCACAGAUGCUGGAGCUGCUGGUGCUGGAGCAGUUCCUGAGCAUCCUGCCUGGAGAGCUGCGGACGUGGGUGCAGCUCCAUUGCCCAGAGAGUGGCGCGGAGGUUGUGGCCCUGCUGGAAGAGUUGCAGAGGGAUCACCAUGGAGCACCACUGAGGGACCCAUGCCUUGCUCAGAACCCAGGUGUGCACUGGAUAGGCACUGGAGCUCUGCAGUCUGCACAGAUAUGGUCCCCUACGUCACGGCUCAGGAACAGUUCUGCUCUAGAGGACCAUUUGGAGCCUCCACAUGGACUAGGAGUUUAUAAAUUUCUGGCUGGGCAAGAUGAUGCUCCUGCUGUCUUGGAGCCUGCCCAUUCCCCAACAGAAGACAUCGGAUGCCAGGAAGCUUUGACUUUCCAGGACGUGGGGGUGACCUUCUCUCAGGAAGAGUGGGGAUGCUUGGACUCUGCUCAGCGCAAUCUUUACCGGGAUGUUAUGCUGGAGAACUACGGGAAUGUGGUUUCUGUUGUGGAGUCAUCUCCCAAACCUGCUCUCAUAUCCUGGCUGGAAGCCAGGAAGCCAUGGGUCGUGGAUGUCUGCACAGUUCAGCCAAAGAGGGAUCCAGGUACUGUCCCUGAAGGAGGUAAGUCCCAGAUUAAGUCAAGCAAAUUCAUCUUGAAACAGGAGCCUUCAGAAUACACAGAAACCUUUACUGUGCCAUCAGUAUGUCCUGAGACAAGUGUUUCUGAUGGAACAGGGCUCAAAGAAUAUUUUGAAGAGAACAAGCUACAGAAGCCCUGUGGAAGCCCCAUACAAGUAAAAGAGAUGAAGGAAGGAACUGACAUCGGUAACGAGACAGGAGGAGAAUCUGAAGUAUUGGGAAGCAAUAAUAUUCUUGAUGUAAAACAUGUUAAGUGUGUGAGUGUUUCUAAGAAAAAACUUUCCUUUAAACAUGGCCGUGACAGACACUUCAGAAAACGGUCACACCAUUAUAACAAGAAAUAUGGGCUCAGGAACACAGAUAAGAGAUUUGGUGCAUAUCAGAGUAUUCGUAUUGGACUAAAAGACAGUGAAAAGGACACAUGCGGGAAGGACUUCCUCCUCAGCUCUCAUCAGAGUGUUCAUACGGUGAGGGCAAAGGCUUAUGGGUGCCCUCACUGUGGGAAGGCCUUCAGUAAGCGCUCCCAUCUUGAAGACCAUCAGAGAUGCCAUUAUGAAGAGAGACUAUUUAAAUGCAGGGUGUGUGAGAAAGCCUUCAAGUGGCGUUCAAACUGUGUGCGGCAUGAGAAAAUUCACACUGGAGUGAAACCUUAUAAGUGCAGUUUAUGUGAGAAAGCUUUCCAGCGUCUGUCAACCCUCCGUGUGCACCAGGAAACCCAUACUAAAUCUGAUGAGUGCAGAGAAGCUCUUACCUCCAACCUGGAUCUCAGUCAUUGUUUGACAGACAGCGGUGAGGAGAAACACUUGGACUGCAGCCAGUGUGGGAAAUCCUUCUGCUGUAAGUCCUAUGUUCUUGAACACCAAAGGAUUCACACGCAGGAAAAACCUUAUAAAUGUACCAGAUGUAGGAAAUCCUUCAGGUGGAAGUCAAACUUUUCUCGUCAUAAGAGAUUGCACCAGAAGAAAGAGAAAUGUCGAGAAAACUUGAAGCAGGUUAUCUCUGCUGUGGAGAAACCUUUCCUGUGUCAUCAGUGUGGGAAAACUUUUACUCAAAAGAAAUCACUCAUUGAGCACCAGAGGACUCACACAGGGGAGAAACCAUACCAAUGUAAUGAGUGUGGGAAAACAUUUACCUAUAGGUCAGAUUAUAUUAUUCAUAGGAGGCUUCAUACUAUUAAAAGAGAGCCUGAAAGUGGCCAACCUCUCAGUCAGGGUGCGGUGUUUCACAUUCCUCAGAGCGAUCACAACACAGAAGAGCCUCACAAGUGUAAAUACUGUAGCAAAACAUUCCGAAUUCGCUCAUUCCUUCUUGUUCACCAGAGAGUUCACACGAGGGAGAAGCCCUAUAAAUGCAGGGCGUGUGACAAAGCCUUCCGAUGGAGUUCCAAUCUCUCCCGACAUGAGAGGCUGCACUCUUACUACCGGCAGUACCAGCAGUAUGAUUAUCAUGAAAGUCAGGAGACUUCUAAUUUAGAGUCAAGAAUCCUCACUGGUAAGAAGCGCUUUUGGUGUCAAGAAUGUGGGAAAACCUUUACACGUAAAAGAAGCCUUAUGGAUCACAAGGGAAUACACAGUGGAGAGAAACGUUUUAAGUGCAACCUGUGUGAAAAAUCAUUUGAUAGAAACUAUCGUCUUGUUAAUCAUCAGAGGAUCCAUGCUACAGAGAGACCUUUUCAAUCCCAGAGGCGUGGUAAAGAUUUUGUUGGAAUCCAUGACCAGAGAAGACGCAGCAGAGCAGUACAGUCUAAUAAUGCUGGCUUAUCCUCCUGUCGGGAUGCAAGGUUAAAUAUUCAGGAUUUAAGACUGAGUGGAAAGAAGACCCACAAAGAGUACGAGAGCCCUUUUGACGGGAGCUGCAGGUUCACUGCACUCCAGAGUGUACCCACAGGCUGCCACAAGUGUAGUGUUUGUGGGAAAACCUUUAGCAAACAUUCCCAUCUCACUAGCCACAGGAGAUUUCACACCAGAGAGAGGCCCUUCAAAUGUGAGGUGUGUGGGAAGACCUUCAGGUGGUCUUCCAAUUUGGCUCGGCAUGUGAAAAACCAUGUUAGAGAUUAGCCUGGGGUCUGAUGACAGUGGCGGUGGGGAAUAGCUCCUGGUUCCAUUUCUAGAGAGCUUGUCAGGCACUGGGGAAAACCUCUACAAGGACUUGGUCGUUUCUGUUUGGGGAGUUCUUGGUGUGAGGUCUUUAAAAGCUUUUAAAAGGAUUUAAGAGGUCAGGGACUCCUCAGUCUACCUGCUGGAAAGUGGUGCUGGAGAGUAAUGCCCUGUGCAGCCCAGGUCUCCUUGUAUAACUCUUGCUGUCUGGGAUUAGAAAGUGUGUGCGUGUGUGUCUGCUGGGAAGGGGCCAUCUAGACCCCCAGGUCCUCUUUAGGGUUGACUUGUGUCAGUGCCGUCUCCUCAGACGUCUCCUGGGGCGCUCACAGCUAGCUGGUGGUUAUUGGCUAGAUGGUCCUAAAGCGGUCUCAGUGGCAAGUGGAAAGGACAGGUGCUGGGUUCCAUUGUCUGAUCUCAACAAGCAUAUCGAUCCAUCAUCUGUGCUGAGAUGUAAGUGGCCAGAACAGACAAAAACCCUGCUGUUUGUUGGAUUCUUCCUUAAAUGAAUUAGAUCACAGUCUGGAUGGUGAUGUGUGUUGAGGACAAAGUAGACCAGAGAAGAGUGGCAGGAAUCGGGCUAGGAUGUGGGCGGUGAUUUUAAAUGGGCUGUCCGGGGAGUACCUGCUGGAAGAAUACAAACUAACCGGGGCCCGGUGCAUAGAGAAACCUAAACAGAAACCCUAAUUGACUAAAAAGCUGAAGGGAGUUGGGUUGUAGAGUGAGUUAUGUUAAUCUAUGGGGAAAGAACCCAGGGACGUGGAUCUUGUCUGGCGACUGAUUUUAGGGGUGGUUAGUACGGAGACCCCUGGGUUGAGUGUGGUGAGCCAUCUGGAGAGUCGACCGAAACUGAGUCCUGGGUCCGUCUUUCCAGGGGAGUCUCUGGUCUACCCUGUGCUUACACUCUAGAUUAUCCUGGACCUUGUCCGUUAAUUCCUCUUGCUCCUGUCUCUUUUUGAGGUCCAUGCCAUAGCUGGUAAUGUCACCUGGGUUCCCAGUUAUACUUGUCCUUGCUUCUCAUGUGUCCAGGCACAUGGGAAAGCUGAGCUUGGGCACUUACAUUGAUUUUUGUAAAACAAACAGGCACCGUUGCUUCUCCAAGCUGGAAAAAUGACUCUGCACUUAAAUACUUGUGUUGCUCUUGCGUGGGUUCGGUUCCCAGCACCCACUAAGCAGGUCACAGCCAGCUACAGUCCCAGGGGAUUUCAUGCCCUGUCCUGACUUCUGCAUGUGGCUCACAGGUGGAAGCAAACUACUUCUAAGUAAGAAAUCCAUUCGGAAGACAGUAUGAGCAUUAAAAGUCUUCAUUUUAAAAUCGCCUCUCUGAAGAUACCGAGCUCUGCCGAGUGGAGCUUUAUCUUAAGUGAGCCUUGAUCAGACAAGUUGGACUUGAGUCAAGUAUUGGAGGGAAGUCAUACGCAGAAGUACACAGCUGCAGGGUAGGAGCCCAGCUAUGGUUGAUUUGAGUAGCAGAUUGCAGGAUGGCAGACAGCUUCUGAUUGUCUUGGCAGCUAUGUCUAAUCUUAUAUUCGAACUUGGCUUGGGAAGCACAGGCUUCUGUCAGCUUGGCCUUUCUGCUGACGGAGGAACUGAAGUGGGGGGGAGAGACAGACGGAUGGAGACCCUCACGGAGGAGUGACUGACUGUCGGGUGACUUCUUGUUCACCUGGUCAGUGUGGUCAGUUCUAUCCUAACUGAAGACUGGCAGACCAGUGUGCAAAGAAGAAGCCAUAUGGGUUGUCUUAGCAAUCUCUUAUAAAAGUUAGCUUUUGAAAGCUCAAGUGUGAAAUGGGUUGAACAACUGGGAUUCAGACUCCUUUGUAAGUGGAAAUUAAGACAGAUUGCUAGGCAACUUGAAAGUCUUACAAAAUCAAGAGCUUAUCAUUGGGUCCCUUCUGGAUUAGUGUGAAGAGUGGUGGGCGUGAGUCAGCUCGCUCAGCGGGGUUUAGGCAGCGGGGCUGGCGGAACAGACAGUGCAGGAGCUGGUUGUCUGGUCUUUCAGAAAGAAUAAUAAACUCAUUGUGGAGGUGCACUCCUGGAGUCCUGAUGUGGGCUGCUGAUGCAAGAGAACCAGAGUUCACACCCCAUGCGAGGAUAAAGAACAAUACCCUGCCUCAAAACAGCAGCAAAAACAAUGACUGUAGAAGCUACACUGAGAGCUGCAGAAGCUGUAUAUAAUAUAAUACACUGUUUAUAUGAAGUUUAAGCAUAUUGGAAGUGGGCACAUCAUUUUGAUUUGGGUUUCCUUAUUUCUUUAAGUGGGAUGGAGUACUAACCUCAUAGGGUGGUGGUGGGGCAGUAUUGAAAAUGCAUGUGUAAUGUUGAGACUGGUGUCUGUCAUGUAAACAUUCCUGAUACAAAGUUAAUUUGCACAAUUUUCUGUGGAUUCAAAAGACAUGAAACAGGAGUGUAAAGUUAUGAAAUAAUGUGUGCUCACGUGCUCUGUGUCUGGGUGUGCAGUGCUGGUGAAACCAGAAUGAAUGCAUGGGGCUUCACUUGUUCUUCUAAAAAUUGACCCAAGCAUAUCCUAAAGUUACGAUUUAACAGGAUAAGAUGUGGGCUUUUUCAACUGUUAAAAUAUAUAUCAAAAUAAAAAAAUUAAGCAUGGCCUCUGAUACCCACAUAAUGAUUAUUAAACG